CUUCCGCUAUGACGUCAGUUUUGCCAGCCAUCAUGCCGGCGCCGUGUACGCGAACGCUCGGCUGUUUUCUCACAAAAUAUGGAACAUACUGGUCAAGUAUAUAUGGAGUCUCAGCACAGGUAGUCAGGAGACGGAUAUGUACAAGUGCCGUCAUGCACAGGAAGAACCUGGCUGCUGCUGGCCCCGAAAAGUUCACGAUGGAGUUUAUCGAGAAGCAGGUGGAGGAAUUCAAUAUCGGCAAGCGGCACCUGGCCAACAUGAUGGGAGAGGACCCUGACAAUUUCACUCAAGAGGACAUAGAUAGGAGCAUCGCCUACCUCUUCCCCUCUGGCUUAUUUGAGAAGAAGGCACGACCCCUCAUGAAGCAUCCGGAGGAAAUCUUCCCAAAGCAGCGAGCUGUCCGAUGGGGGAUGGACGGACGGCCAUUCCACUUCCUGUUUUAUACGGGAAAACAGGCUUACUACACCUUGAUGCACGACACACAGAGUAAAAUCCUCGACAUCGAGAAGCAUCAGGAUCGUCUGCGAGCCAAAGGACUCUUCUCCCAGGAUGUCAAGGGGAUCGCCCUCAGCACAAGCAGGUGGCUCCUGAAGGAGGAGCUGGAGGAGCUGCUGGUCGAGCCCAUUUCUCUUCAAGAUUACACUCGCUUUCUCCAGCUCAUGGAGCGGCUGCUGUCUCUGCCGUACUGCGCCAUGGAGGAGCAGUUUGUUCUCAGUUAUCGCCAACGACUCGAAUCUCAGUCCAUGAAGCGGACUGUUCCAUCCUUGGAGAAGGAUGAAAAGGGCAUGGCUUUUAUCACCUCCCAAGGACGAAGAAAGACAUCAAAUGCCUCCGUGGUUCUGAGAGAUGGCGGCUCUGGAAGUGUCAACAUUAAUGGGCAGAACUACACCCAGUACUUCUCUGUGCUACAAGACAGAGAACAGCUCAUGUUCCCGCUCCAGUUUAUGGGCAUGCUGGGACGCUUUGACGUGGAGAGCACCGUGAGCGGUGGUGGGCGGUCCAGCCAGGCAGGGGCACUGCGACUUGCCAUUUCUCGGGCCCUGUGCAGCUUUCUCUCUGAGAGAGAUGUGGAGAUCAUGAGGCAAGCUGGUCUUCUGACUCCUGAUCCCAGAGUGAGGGAAAGGAAGAAGCCGGGUCAGGAAGGCGCCAGGAAGAAAUUCACCUGGAAGAAACGCUGAGGAUGAUCCCACCAGAGAUCAUGCAAUAAUGACCUCUUUACAUGUGGUACUCUACAAAUGGAACUGAGAUUGUCUCCGACUCAGAAAACUUUAUCAUGGAUGCCACAUUUGGUACUCAGCCAUGAGGUGCUUCUGUCCAGAACAACUGAACAAGUUUUAUUAUAUUCAUUCAUAAAUGAAUACAUAUCCAUAACUGCUCAUCAUUACAAAAAAACAUGAUUACA